UGACGUUGCAAGAAAAAACCGAACUAAAAGACGUAUUCAAAGAUACGGUGAAUGUUACUGCGCAAGCGGAGGCAUACCGCGCAUAUAUCACUGCACCGGCUGUGCCAACAAAGUCAAGCGGGGCAGAUGUUCAAGAAAGGCACAAUGAUAAGGUAGACGAAGAAUUAAUAGAAGCUUCUAAAGAGAAAAAGCGAAAAGACGAGGAUAACGUGACAGCCAUGACAUCGAUGCCACCCACAAAAAGGAUCACUUAUGAAUCAUUGUACUCGCCAUCUCCAUCUGAAGUAGAAGAAUUAUCUUCACUGGCAACUGAUUCAGUUUUUAAUGAUGACAACUAUGAAAAGGAUGUUCCUCAAUUAUUUGAUAACUAUAGUGAAGAAAAUGAAAAAUCAAUAAUGGAAGAUCAAAAUAAUGUUAUCUCUUCUUUGUGUGCGAUCAGUACAAUUAGUAUCACCAAUGAGAUGGAAGUGAAAUCAACCUGUAAUGAUAAUGAUGAAGAAUCAUCAUUGUCUCCUUCUAAUCAGGAACUAGAAGACACAGAAAUGAUUUCCCCUGAUAAUUGUAAAUAA